GCUGGGUAAGAUCACGUCUCCGUCUCUUUCCAUAGCCCUCAUUCCAGCACAGGAUCUCGGCAAUUUCCCCCUCUUCCUAACCCCCCGCCCCAACCCACUCCAGCGCUCAGAGUCCUUUCUUCUCUCUCAUUUACAACUUUUUCUUAAAGAGAGAACAUUUUCUAGGGAAAGGGGCUUUGCUAAACAAAAAGGAUAUAAAACAAAAGCCACAGCAUGGCAUUGUCACCAGCCCCCUUUGCAUGGUGAUGAGAUUAAGGUAGCAGCAUUUCCAUUAUUCAGGAAAAGCAGCUGGGGGAUUCAUCAGUUCUGAGGCUUUGUCUUUCCUGGGUUAACUCAUGGUCCUGAGCCUCGGUUUGACCUGACCAUGAUUCCCAGGACUGGCACUUUUUGCUUUUUCUCAGCAAACUGUACAAACCCAAAUCUCUUUUUGAUUUUCAAGGAAACUAGAUUCCUGCCAGAUUUUGAGUCUGGACGAUAAAUAGAUACUUUGUCCUAGCGUCUUUCUGGAAUCAUUUCGGGAUAUUUUCCACAAGCAUCACGGAAACAGGAAUGAACCGGCAGCUAGUGAACAUUUUGACAGCCUUGUUUGCAUUUUUCAUAGAGACAGACCACUUCAGGACGGCUUACUGCAAAGACCAUGACUCCAGGUCUGGAAAACAACCUUCGCAGACCCUAUCUCCUUCAGAUUUCUUGGACAAAUUAAUGGGAAGGACAUCAGGAUAUGAUGCAAGAAUCAGGCCAAAUUUUAAGGGUCCUCCAGUAAACGUUACUUGCAAUAUUUUUAUCAACAGUUUUGGAUCAGUCACAGAAACCACCAUGGAUUACCGAGUGAACAUUUUUCUGAGACAACAGUGGAAUGAUUCACGGCUGGCAUAUAGCGAGUAUCCAGAUGAUUCCCUGGACUUGGAUCCAUCUAUGCUAGACUCAAUUUGGAAACCAGAUUUGUUCUUUGCCAAUGAGAAGGGUGCCAACUUCCAUGAUGUCACCACUGACAACAAAUUGCUGCGGAUUUCAAAAAAUGGCAAAGUGCUCUACAGUAUCAGGCUCACCUUGACCUUAUCCUGUCCCAUGGACUUGAAGAACUUUCCAAUGGAUGUCCAGACAUGUACAAUGCAGCUGGAGAGCUUUGGGUACACGAUGAAUGACCUGAUAUUUGAGUGGUUAAGUGAUGGUCCAGUGCAAGUUGCUGAAGGAUUGACCCUGCCUCAGUUUAUUUUAAAAGAAGAGAAAGAACUUGGCUACUGCACAAAGCACUACAACACUGGAAAGUUUACUUGCAUCGAGGUCAAGUUUCACCUGGAACGUCAAAUGGGGUAUUAUUUGAUCCAGAUGUACAUUCCCAGCCUGCUGAUAGUCAUUUUGUCCUGGGUCUCCUUUUGGAUAAACAUGGAUGCAGCCCCUGCCAGGGUUGCAUUGGGCAUCACUACAGUCUUAACGAUGACCACUCAGAGUUCUGGUUCCAGGGCAUCUCUGCCAAAGGUCUCCUAUGUAAAAGCGAUUGACAUCUGGAUGGCGGUGUGCCUUCUGUUCGUGUUUGCUGCCUUGCUGGAAUAUGCAGCAGUGAACUUUGUCUCCAGGCAACACAAGGAGUUCCUGCGCCUCCGGAGAAGACAGAAGAGGCAGAAUAAGGAAGAAGAUGCUACUCGUGAAAGUCGGUUUAAUUUCAGUGGUUAUGGGAUGGGUCACUGCCUCCAAGUGAAAGACGGAACAGCUGUCAAGGCCACACCUGCAGUCAACCCACUCCCACAACCCCCAAAAGAUGCAGAUGCCAUCAAGAAGAAGUUUGUGGACCGGGCAAAAAGGAUUGACACGAUAUCUCGAGCUGCCUUCCCACUAGCCUUCCUCAUUUUCAACAUCUUUUACUGGAUCACAUACAAGAUCAUUCGGCAUGAAGAUGUCCACAAGAAAUAGAUGUGCCCUAUAGACCUGGGACUUUCUUGCCUCAGUGUUGUGCUUGUAAAUACACAGUGAAAUUGUCUUUAUAUCACUUUGACAGAGGAGGAGAUUAAGGGAGGAGGGAGGGAGAGUCAUGCGGGUGGGUUACCUGGCACCUAUAUGAAAAAAGAAAACUCAUGCAGGCAAUGAAGAAAACUGCACAAAAUUAAGGUGUUUCAGAAUCACAAUAGCAUAAUUCCCUUCCAUAGUAUUUAGCAUUGUUCUUUCAAAUGACAUAUCCAUCAGACGUGAUAUGCAGGGUCAAGUUCUAGAACACUAUUUACUUUUUGGUUUGGUUUGGCUUUGACCAAUUCUGUCUGGUAUUGACAAGUUAGCUUAAAACACACAUACACACACACUUUGAAAAUGCUUAUACCAUCUGACCAUAGUGACUAGCCUAUAGUGAGUUGAGGACCAAACUUUUUCAGGAAAAUGCUGCCUCAUUUUUAAAAUAAGCCUCCUAAGCUACAUUCUUUACAAUGUCUGUAAUUAGUGUUUCACCUGAAAAAUCCUUUUGUGGGUUGUAAAUUAUUUCUACUUAUCCAGAAAACAGUAACAAAUAAACAUCAAUGACAAAGAACAAAUUUCUACUUUACUGUCUGUAUAGGUGUUCAUUUUAAUAUUAUUUUUCUUUCCUGGAUGUAAUUUUGGAGUUUAAAUUAUGUAUCAUGUAUUGUGUAAUUGAUUUGAUAGUAUAACCUCUAAGUGCUCAUUUUAUUUUAGAUCCAAGUUAGUGCACUAUAUAUAUAUAUAUAUAUAUAUACACACACACACACAUUUUUUUUUUCUGCUUUGGCUAUACUAUGAGCAAGUUUAAGUGCCCAAGUGUGACUUAGCCAUUGCAACCACUCAGCCACAGUAUUUACGGAGAUGGUGUGUCCUGACCAGUGUAGCUCAGAUUAGCUUAAACUUUCCAUUUCUGCUCUCAUUGUAGUGUCAUAGUGUACUAGUCCUAAUGUCUACUGACCCAUGAUUUCUACUGUCAAACCAAGUGAAUAUCGUUUUCAAUAUCCUUGAUUAACUUAAAGAAUUUUGAAAUUGUACUGUGAUUUUCAUAACCCGUUGCCUUUUUGGUACCAGAGCUACGUGGUUUGAAUCCUGGCUACAUGUUUUAAGUAAGAAAAAAAAAAAAAGACGUAUUUUUGCUUACUCAGAUAAAAGACAACCUGUAAAAAUAUAAGGAAAUACUUAAAUUUUACAUGUGCUGUAAAAGGGGUUAUUAUAAAAAGCAUUUGUUUAAUUUCAAUAAAGCUAAGUGUGCC